GUAAGCAAGAACUUUGGGGUAGAUGGGCUUGCCGCCCAAAAAUGGCUCGGAUCGACCCAGACGUCUAAGCAGAGCUGCCUCGCUGAGGGCCGACAUUGUGGCAUCGCGGCAACUGUGCCUUGCUUGCCAGGAAGUCAAGGAGCUGGCUUCAGAAGGUGGCACAGUGCGACAACCACAGGGCUGGCAGACUCUGCCUGACAAAGGAUGCACAGACUCCCGUCCGGGGGGCUGUGAAACCUGUGGGCUGAUGCCCUUGGAUUCGAACACCCAGCCCGAGCGAGGCAAUGCUCAGAGCGUCCCCAAGAAGCCAAAGCACGAAGUCCCGAAGCCGCUUCGCAGCCCAGUCGGGGAUUUUCUGAGCCUUCUUGGCAUUCCUCGCUAUGCCGAGCAUUUCACAAAUUUGGGCUUGGUGAGCUUGGCGCAGCUCAGCAGGCUUUCUGAUGAAGACCUGGUGAAGCAGAUGGAGUCCAUCACUUUUUUGCCAGGCCAUCAAGCCAGAUUGUUCCGCGGAGUACAAGCCCUCCGCGAGGCCGCUUUGCUUGGCGUGCGAGAUGAGGCCUCGAAGGCAAGAAGCCAAGCCAUGAUGGCGCGCUUGUGCCAGCGGAACCAGGAGUUGGUUCAACAGUGUAGCCAGAAGGAGCUGCAGAUGAGAUCCUUGCAGGAUGAGAGGUCACAACAAGUUGAGCGGCUGGAGCACUACCAGGGCCGCAACGCAGAGUUGUCUGAGGUUGUGAAGACGCAGGGUGAGCAAGUGCGCUUUCUCGCAGACAAGCUUCAGAUGACUUUGAGCCAGCCUGCGAGUAUGUCGGGUGUGGUUUCAUCGAGCAAGCUGAGACAGCCGCUCAUAGACGCACAGACUCAGACGAUUGAGUCAUGGCCAGAUGAUGCGCGGGACGAGGAUGAGCAGGUCUUGUCAGCAGUGCGCCAUGAACCAUGUACUUGGAACGUACGCCCGACAGACAAUGUGGAUGCUAUUGUGAGCUCUUGCGCAGUUGCAAUUCAAAGCAAGAUGAGGCAAGACCGAAGUCCAGACCAGACGGAUCAGAUCUUCUGCAGACCAGGCGGCAACCUGUUGGAAUGUCCUGGGCAGUACGAGAUUGAAGAAUUCUUGCUUGACACUUGGGACCACGUUCAAAAGAAGACAAGACGAGAUGACCAACAAGGUAAGAAUAUGCUUUGCUUUGCUAUGGCGCUACUACUCAUCUACCUUGGGCGCAUGUCAGACUCUGAACGAUUGAUUCUGCGGGUGCAGAAUUGGCAACGCAUCCUCUUUACCAUCAUGUAUCUUGCCGCCCAGGCGCUGUUUGCUGUUGCUCGCGGCUAAUUUGUUGUCGCUCAGCCUGGGAGGCUCUCAAAUUGCAGCCCUCAAGUGAUAUCUACUCAGAAGAGGAGAUCCGGUCUUUCACUGGAGCGCUGCUUCAUGUGACUGAGCCCAUAGCUCACGCUGAUGCAGAAGCAGCCCUCGAUGACUUGCAUUGCUCGGUCUUGGUUCAAGAUCUUCUCCGCCUAGUGUCUUAAUGCUGACAGAUCACAUGCGAGCAACACGCUUGUGGUGAUUUGCAGCUUUUCCCCGCCUUGUGCAUUGGCGACGGCUUUCCAGAACAUUUGAAUCCAGCUAUGUUCAAGUCAUCAGCUGCUUCGGUUCAGGGUGUCACGGCCAAGUGCUGGGGAAAAGGAAUAAGAUC